AUGCGGGUCUGCUACACCCAGGCCAAGGACGUGGGGGCGCCGCCCUUCCCCCACCUCCUCUUCCCGGAGAAGCCACCGUCCUCCGCCGCCGCGGCAGCACCGACGAUGAGCCAGGAGGAGCUGAAGAAGAAGGCGGCCCACCAGGCGGUGGAGCUGGUGGAGUCUGGCAUGGUGCUGGGGCUCGGCACGGGCUCCACCGCCGCCCACGCCCUGGAUCGCAUCGGCGAGCUGCUCCGGCAGGGGAAGCUCCGCGACAUCGUGGGCAUCCCCACGUCGAAGAAGACGGAGGCCCACGCCGCCGCCGUGGGCAUACCCCUGUCGGACCUCGGCGCCCACCCGGUGGUGGACCUCUCAAUCGACGGCGCCGACGAGGUGGACCCGGAGCUGAACCUCGUGAAGGGCCGCGGGGGGUCGCUACUCAGGGAGAAGAUGAUCGAGGGGGCGAGCAGGCGUUUCGUGGUGAUCGUCGACGAGACGAAGCUGGUGGAGCGCAUCGGCGGCAGCGGCCUGGCGGUGCCGGUGGAGGUGGUGCCCUUCGGGUGGCAACUCACGAUGGGGCGGCUGAAGGGCCUUUUCGAGGGCUAUGAGGCCUGCGAGGCUCGUCUGCGCCGCGCCGCCGCCGCCGAUGACCGGCCCUUCGUCACCGACAACGGGAACUACGUCGUUGAUCUCUACUUUGAGGACGGCAUCCGGAGGGAUCUUCAUCUCCUCAGCGAUCAGAUCCUCCGGAUCACCGGCGUCGCCGAGCACGGCGUCUUCAUCGGCAUGGCCUCCUCCGUCAUCGUUGCCGGCAGGGACGGCGUCAGCGUCAUGGAGCGCCGCCCCAAGUAG